AUGCUUUUUUUCAAACAACAAUGCUGGCUCGAUGAUUUCCGUGAUUGUCUGCCCGUCCUGAUUGCCUUGAUUGUCCUCAUUGUCCUGACAGGCAUGGGAACGUAUGGAAGCGGGGCUCGCGGUGGAGCAGGCGCGGAGAUGUACCAGAGCGAGGUCAACAACACCAUGUUCGUGCACUACGUGCGCACCAUCGUGCAGCCCAUGAUGCUGUCGCUCAAGAAGGUCGUCGAUCCCAAGAUCAAGCUGGAGCUGAAGGUCGGUCGUAAUAAUUCGCGGGAAAAGGGCAUUGUGGAGGAAUCGAAGAAGCUUAAAGCGACGUCGCUCGUUAUCGGAACCAACGCCAGAGGCAUGUUCAGCAUGCGCGGCAAGUCCUCGAGCACGGGCGCCUACUGCGUGCGCUACAAGCCGCCGGGCAUAUCGGUGUACGUGAUUCAGCGCGACAAGGUGAUUCUCUACAAGGAGUCGGAGGGCUCGCCCGUCUCCUCCUCCACCGGCAGUCCCUCGGGCUCCGGCCCCAUGAUGCCGCGCCCGGGCCCGCCGGGGGGAGCGGGCUCGGGGACUCUCGAGCCCACCUACAGCGGCGCGUUCAGCGAGCAGGGGGCCAGGAGAGGGUACGGCAGCGACGAGUCUAGCCCGUCGGGAUCAGGCACUCUCCAGCCCGUGUAUGGCAACCCUGCGCCCGGCGGCGGGGGAAGCGGCGGGCUUGCCCACUCUGGCACCCGCUUCUCCAUGGACGGCGGAGCGGAAGGGCAGUGGGGGGGCGGCGGGGGCGGAGGCGGAGGUUCCGCGGGGGGCGCGCAGAAGAGCCCGGGCGGGCCGAAUGAUAUCCAGCAGGCGGCGGCGCUGUCCGCGCUGGCGUGGUCGCAGGCGGCGAACAGCCAGGAGGGGCAGCGGCUGCAGUCGGAUUACAUGGCGGAGUUUGACGCGUGGAAGCAGUCGAACCAGGCCGCCACGUACCAGCAGCAGCAGGACUUCAUGUCGGAUCUCCAGGCGCGCAUGGCCAAGGCGCGCGCGGCGCUCGCGGGGCUGCAGCUCGGGGGGGACGGGGGGAGCGGAACGGGGUCGCCAGCGGGGGCUGGGGGGGGUGCGCCGGGGGCGGGGUCCGGGGAAAUGCAGGCUCGGCCGAUGUACCCUGCGCCCAUCCCCGCGCCUAUCCCGGACGGGCCUGCGACUGGCGGCAGUGGCGGGCAGAGCGCCAAUGAGAUUGACCUGCGGAGGGAGCUGGAGCUGAUGCGGCAGAGAGCAGCAGAGGCGGAGCAAGCGCGCCUGGAGGCGGAGCAGCGCGCCCAGCGCGCCCUUUCCGAGGCAGACCGCUCCCUCCGCGAGGUGGAGGCUCAGAACAAGCGCCGGGAGCUGGAAACCGCUGUGCGCAUCGAAAUGGCGUCCCAGGAGGCCUCCCGGGCGAUUGCUGCAGCGGAGGAGGCGAGGAAGCAAGCUGGAUUGGAGGCGCAAAAGACGGAAGUGGCGAUGAAGCAGGCGGCGAUGACCCGGGCGGCACUGGAGAUGGAGUCGCAGAAGCGGGCGGCGGUGGAGCUGAAGGCGAAGGGGGAGAGGGGGAGUCAGCGCAUGGCGGCGAAUUACAGGGACUACAGCUACGAGGACAUUGUGCGAUGCAUGGCAGUGAAUUACAGGGACUACAGCUACGAGGACAUUGUGGUGGGUGGGGUGUGGGUGUGGUGGUUGGGGUGGUUGUGCCUGGCACGAGUGCGCUGUGGUGUGCUGUGGGGUGCUGUGCUGUGGUGUGCUGUGCUGUGCUGUGGUGUGCUGUGGUGUGGUGUGCUGUGGUGUGAUGUGCUGUGGUGUGGUGUGCUGUGGUGUGCUGUGGUGCGCUGUGGUGUGGUGUGCUGUGGUGUGCUGUGGUGUGCUGUGGUGUGGUGUGCUGUGGUGUGCUGUGGUGUGGUGUGCUGUGAUGUGGUGUGUUGCAGGGAUUACCCUGCCCCACCCUGCCCCAAUCCCCCCCAGUUUGCAACAGAGAACUUCAAGCUGGAGCGCAAGCUGGGCGAGGGUGGGUUUAGCACGUUUGCAACGGAUAACUUCAAGCCAGAGCGCGAGCUGGGCGCGAUGAGUCCCACUCAGGGCACAAAUCAUGCUCUAAAGCCCUCCCUCUCCACCCGCAUCCCCCCAUUCAACAUCCCCCAGUUUGCAACGGAGAACUUCAAGCCGGAGCGCAAGCUGGGCGAGGGCGGGUUUGGCACGGUGUUCUCAGGCACGCUGCACCACACCCCCGUGGCGGUGAAGGUGCUCAAGAACGCGGACGCCAUGCAGGCUGCCAAUGAGUUCCAGCAGGAGGUGCGCACGCUGCACCACACCCCCGUGGCGGUGAAGGUGCUCAAGAACGCGGACGCCAUGCAGGCUGCCAAUGAGUUCCAGCAGGAGGUGGAGGUGCUGAGUCAGAUUCAGCAUCCUCAUGUUGUCAUGCUCCUUGGCUGCUGCCCCAGCAAGUACUGCCUCGUCUACGAGUUCAUGGCCAACGGCUCUCUAGAGGACCGCCUCCUCUGCGCCAACAACACGCCCCCCCUCCCUUGGUACAUCCGCAUGCGUGUCGCUGCCGAAAUCGCCUCCGCUCUCCUCAUCCUCCACACGCGCCCUGUGCCCAUCGUCCACCGGGACUUAAAGCCCGGAAACAUCCUCUUAGAUAAGAACUUCGUGGCGAAGCUAGGGGACGUCGGGCUGGCGAAGCUCAUGCCGGGUUUAUCCAUGGAUCAGACCUACAUGCGGGAGUCUGUUCCUGUGGGUACCUUUGCGUAUGUCGACCCGGAGUUUCAGCGAACGGGUGAAUUUGGGCCGAAAUCCGAUGUCUACGCACUGGGGAUCGUGCUGCUGGACUUGCUCACGGGCCGGAAACCCAACGUGUAUGAAGGGCUAGAAGAGGCUGUAGACGACGGGGACGAGAACGAAUUGAAAGAGUUUUUAGAUGAAAGAGCGGGUGACUGGCCGCUAGAUAUGGUGAUGGAGGUGGCGCGGAUUGCGGUGAAGUGUUCGGAGAUGAGGAGGAAGAAGCGCCCGGACCUAGAGAAGCAGGUCAUGCCGGUGCUGGACCGAGCCAGGGCGCGCGCUGCCAAGGCUGAGGAGGAGGCUCGGAAGGCCCCGAGCCGCCGGCCGAUGGGGGAGGCUCCGAGCGUGCUCUUCUGCCCCAUCACUCAGGAGAUGAUGGUGAACCCUGUGCUGGCAGCAGACGGGCACACGUACGAGCAGGAGGCAAUCAAAUCGUGGCUGGAGACGAGCGACAUGUCACCGAUGACCAAUCAGAAGCUGCCCAGCAAGGACCUCGUGCCGAACCAUGCCGUGCGCUCCAUGAUCCAAGACUGGCGCCAGCGCAAUGGGUAA